GAAAGAGGAACUAAGCCACCUCUUCUUAAGCUUGGGGGCAGGGCUGGGAGCCUUUCCACUCUCUCUGUCCAAAGCUGGCAUUGCUAUUCCUGGGUCUCUGGCAGCUGAGGUAUGCACUGCUCUGAAGUGCUCUGAAGUCUGUAGAGGGUCGCUCCGCUAGCCUGGAUGUGGCAUGUAGUAGCCACAACCCAGAAGAUACUAGGUCGGGGAAUUGCAGGGGAAACUGGGGCUCCAUGCUGCAAAACCCAAAGCCCUUUGCCAUGAACCCCCACCCCAGGGAGUCAGCCCCAGGGAUUCCUCCACCACCCCGCCGUGUGAGGCUGAAGCCCUGGUUGGUGGCCCAGGUGAACAGCUGCCAGUACCCAGGGCUCCAGUGGGUCAACGGGGAAAAGAAACUCUUCUAUAUCCCCUGGCGCCAUGCCACGAGGCAUGGUCCCAGCCAGGAUGGGGACAACACCAUCUUCAAGGCCUGGGCUAAAGAGACAGGGAAGUACACUGAGGGGGUGGAUGAGGCUGACCCAGCCAAGUGGAAGGCCAACCUGCGCUGUGCCCUUAACAAAAGCCGUGACUUCCAGCUGUUCUAUGAUGGCCCUCGAGACAUGCCACCUCAGCCCUACAAGAUCUACGAGGUCUGCUCCAAUGGCCCUGCUCCCACAGAGAGCCAACCCACUGAUGAUUACGGUCUGGGAGAAGAGGAGGAGGAGGAAGAGGAAGAGCUCCAGAGAAUGCUACCAGGCCUGAGCAUCACAGACCCUGCGCUACCUGGGCCUCCCAUCGCACCCUAUUCCUUACCCAAAGAAGACACCAAGUGGCCACCUGCUCUCCAGCCACCUGUAGGGCUGGGUCCCCCUGUCCCAGACCCAAAUCUAAUGGCCCCUCCCUCUGGAAAUCCUGCUGGCUUCAGGCAGCUUCUCCCUGAGGUCCUGGAGCCUGGACCUCUGGCUUCCAGCCAGCCCCCUACAGAACCACUCUUGCCUGACCUGCUGAUCAGCCCCCACAUGUUGCCUUUGACAGACCUAGAGAUCAAGUUCCAGUACCGGGGACGCGCACCCCGGACCCUCACCAUCAGCAACCCACAAGGCUGCAGGCUCUUCUACAGCCAGCUAGAGGCUACCCAGGAGCAAGUGGAACUCUUUGGCCCUGUGACCCUGGAGCAAGUGCGCUUCCCUAGCCCGGAGGACAUCCCCAGUGACAAGCAGCGUUUCUAUACGAACCAGCUGCUAGAUGUCCUGGACCGUGGGCUUAUCCUGCAGCUGCAGGGCCAGGACCUGUACGCCAUCCGUCUGUGCCAGUGUAAGGUGUUCUGGAGUGGGCCCUGCGCCUUGGCCCAUGGCUCCUGCCCCAACCCCAUUCAGCGGGAAGUCAAGACGAAGCUCUUUAGCCUAGAGCAGUUUCUCAAUGAGCUCAUCCUGUUCCAGAGGGGCCAGGCUAACACCCCACCUCCUUUUGAGAUCUUCUUUUGCUUUGGAGAAGAAUGGCCUGAUGUCAAACCCCGAGAGAAGAAGCUCAUUACUGUACAGGUGGUACCCGUUGCAGCCCGGUUGCUGCUGGAGAUGUUCUCAGGGGAGCUUUCUUGGUCGGCAGACAGCAUCCGACUGCAGAUCUCAAACCCGGAUCUCAAAGACCACAUGGUAGAGCAGUUUAAAGAGCUUCAUCACCUCUGGCAGUCCCAGCAGCGAUUGCAGCCCAUGGUCCAGGCCCCUCCUGUGGCAGGCCUCGAUGCGAGCCAGGGGCCCUGGCCCAUGCACCCAGUUGGCAUGCAAUAAUGAGGGUACAGAUAGUGGCUGACUUGGACCUCCUGGGACAGCCACGUAGACUGAUAUAAGCAAUGUGGUGGCCCCAGCAGGCCUGGCUGGCUGCAGGGUUCUGAGUCUCCUGGAAGCAGAGUCGGGGUAACAAGAACAUAGAAGAGAGGCCUGAGGUUACAUUUCCCCUAAACAUUUUCUAUUUGAGCACCACCUUCUGGUGAUUUCUCUAAUAUGCCUGGCUGGGAAGAAAUGAAGCCAGCAGCCCCAGUGGGAGGGAAGGAACAUCACUAGCCUGAGGCCUUCAAAACACGGAGUCCAAUUACCCCAGGGUAGCCAACUUUUAAGGUUGCCCCAAUUCUUCCAGCAAAACCUGCCAAGGAGUGUUGUGGGGCUUUCUGCAGAGAAUAGGCCUGAUUUAGGGGUCCCCUAGUUUGAACCUUUCCCCUCAUCCUUAUGACAAGGAUUUCGCCAGGCACUGGGGCUUAUAGCCACCCUCCUUCAGAGUCUGAGAUGCUGGGACAGAAAGUAGAAUUUAAUAUAUUUUUGGAUUAAUAAAUGUUAAAAACCA